CUCCGUCGUGCGCUGCCACAACAGUGGAGACAACACCAAGGCACGCGAUUCACGUGUGAAACUGUAUCGAUUCCCGGGCGUGUCGCACGUGAAAUAAAGGCGGCAAGCGUGGAUAGCUGACAGCGCUGUCCCGCCUUCUAUUUUGGCUGUCUGAGUUCAUCGCUUUCGUUCGUUUCGACUACCUGAAUCGGCUUUUACCAACUUUCCUUACUCGGUGGCCAUAUCGGACUCGGACAACGACACCAUGUUCGAGUGCGUGGUUGCCAACAGGACCGAGAUCGACCCGGAGUCCCGGACGGCCACCUUCGUCUGGCACUUCCAGGAGACUGACCAUUCACCUGAGCAAUAUAUUCCAUUCUAUGGAAAGGCUGGAUCGAGUCCGGAAACGAUGGAAGUUACUAUCGGUGACGAUCCUACAGUCGUGGACGGGAUCUUCUACUACUCCACCAAGGACUGCGUCGUGAUGGACCUGGAGUACCACGGGCACCAAUGCCUUCUCUGGACGAAGUGGAUAUUUAAGGACUCCGUGCCGCAGCACUGCAUCGAUCACUUCGUGGACACGUGCGGUGUUGUGCCUCCGGCGCACAGCAGAGACCUCUGCCCCGACGGCGAAGGGGACUACUAGAUCUGCGGGACCCAUGACAGGGCUCCGAGAUACUUAAAGGGCUCCGAAGAUCUUAGAGGCCGCAAUGAUGCACACUGCCCAGCAAUAGAACGAGAGAAGUUAUGAAGCAAUAUCGCAUGUCCAACAAAAGUCCGCAGUACCAAUAA